CACUUGCUAUGGUGGUCGUAACCGUCGCGUUGCAGAGGCUUUUGUGAAAACUGGAAAAACUAUCGAACAACUCGAAAACGAAAUGUUGAAUGGACAGAAAUUGCAAGGUCCCCCCACCGCCGAAGAAGUGAAUUACAUGCUGAAGAACAAGGGCUUGGAAGAAAAAUUCCCACUGUUCACGGCCAUUCAUAAGAUCUGCACAAGUCAGUUGAAAGUUCAAGAUUUUAUUGAUUGCAUACGUAAUCACCCUGAGCAUAUGGAUGAGCCCAUUAUUGUUGUGCAACCGAAGUUGUAAUUUUCUACACUCUUUGCCAUAAAACAUACAAAUCGCGCCUAAUUGGAUUUUCGGGAAAAGAUAUAAAUGGAAUAUACAUAUGCAUAAGUAUUAGAGCGCAUAACAUUAAUUUAUGUAUGUUCUCUCAAUACGUUAUGCCUUACAUACAUACAUACAUCGAUAAAAACAAAACAAAAAAAAAAA